UGUUUCCUCUCUUCCCUCCCUCUACUGCUGUCUGAGAUUCACAUUCACACUACUGUGUGGCUGCUGCACUCAUUCCGGCUAGCAAGAUGGAAAAUGAGGUCUUUCUGUCCUUCGUGUUCUACAGUACUCUCCUGAUCCUGAAAAUGUACAUCUUGGCUAUAAUCACUGGUCAGAUCCGGCUGCGGAAAAAAGCUUUUGCCAACCCGGAAGAUGCUCUGAGACAUGGAAGCAUUGAAUACUUCCGCGAGGAUCCAGACGUAGAGCGAUAUCGGAGAGCUCAUCGCAAUGACAUGGAGAAUAUCUUCCCGUUCCUGUUCCUUGGUGCCAUCUACUCCUUACUGGAGCCGAACCCCAGCAUCGCCAGGAUUCACUUCCUCGUCUUUUUCCUGGGUCGCCUGAUUCAUACAGCGGCCUAUGUGCUACCCCUGAAAGCACCAACGCGCUCUGUAGCCUACAGCAUCGCUCAGCUGCCCUGCUUCUCUAUAGCGCUGCAAAUUCUCUUCUCUGUGGCCUCCUAUUGGUAAACAAGAGUGCAGCGUUACCCCUUUGCUAUAAGGCCACUCUAAAGGGCAUCAUUUCCUUGCUGUGGCUGGGACACGCUAUAAAGGUCAUUUGCAAAACUGAAAAACUGGGCCUGCUGCCUCACAAGUGCAACAUGCAUAAUCCACACUUUUUCAUUGUUACAGAUAUCACAAAGUUAGAUUAGCUAGAUACAACCUAUCUGUCCAGAUUCAGUAUGGUAUCCCGGCUGACGGGAUGUCGGCAGUCAGCGUCCCGAUAAUGUAAAUCCCAACAGGGGGGGGGGGUAAGACUGUUCCCCCCUCUCACCUACCCCUAACCCUUCCUUUCCGCAGCCUAACCCUAACCUCCUCCACUUAGUGCCUGACCCUAACCUCCCCCUGAAUUGUGCCUAAAUCUAACACCCCCUCCCCCGCUGCCUAACCCUAUCCUCCCCCAUCCUUAGUGCCUGACCCUAAAAAGGUAGAUGGAUCAAAAGGUCAACAUGGAAAUGGUUGACCCAACGGUACUAUUUUUUACAAAAAUUUUGGUGUAAGUUUGUAUGUUUCAUCACCUGUUACCCUAAUUAGUGAUAACGUAGACCCUUGCGGGCUCGCUAUGCUUCGGGCAAGGUGCCUCACUCCACUAACGCUGCUCUCAGCACAGGUUACUAUUCACAAUCGUAGUCCACAUAGAUGAGGAACCAAGCAAAAAUGGUAAAAAAAAAAGGGUGAAAGCCCCCCCAAAAAAUCUUGUCGACCAUUGCCAUGUCGAUAUUUUUGUAUCUGUCUACCUUUUGCCUGUCAACCUUUUGACCUGGUCGACCUAAUUCAUGUCAAUCAUAUGGUGUCGACCUACUCACUAUCUAUCUAGACAAUGUCUAUCCCUAGUCUGGAACCCUUUCAUAACAAUGUGUCUCUGUUUUCAACAGACAAUUUCAUGCAGAAGCCCCAUUUAAAGACUAAGGAGUUAUUCCGGCAAGUUGUACAGCCCAACAUAAUAAUACUUCUUAGUCGUAUUUUAAGUGGAGUCAACGUAAAUGUAAUGAAACUAAACAAUAUUUUAUAACAAAAGCGGAAAGUUUAAACCAGUGAAAGUGGUCCUCCUAUGGAGGUUGUAGUCAGCACUUUCAUGGGACAGUUGUACACUUUAUACAUUAUGCAUUUCCUCUUAAGCCUGCACUCCUGCAGAACUAAGGGCAGGAUCAUUUUUAGGGUGACCGCUUCAAAAACCAUAAUACAGACUGCUACAUUUGAAAGAGGCGGGUAACUAGGUUAUUUGUGUGCAGUGAAAUGUUCUACGCACAUACACAAACAAACACACAAACAAACACACACACACACACACACACACACACACACAAACACACACAAUUGUGCACUUUUGUAAAUUACCUUUGUUAUGUAACUACUGACAGCAAAUAGUUACAGAAUUUUGACAGUACAUUAUUUCAGUGUUAAGACUUUCAGAAGUCGCUUUUAUAUUGUAUUAAAACGAUGAAGAAUUUUUUUUUUACAUAGUGUUUUGAAACUGACUUGUUUGAUUUCAUAUGUGUUGUCUUGCGAUGUGUACGUCCCCCCUGUACAGCGGGCUUAGCGCACAGCCACGCAGCCUGUCCAUCAGGAGCCGGUAACCUGUUUACAGAAUGGCGGCAGUCACUGUAUCUAGUGCAUUUUGAACCUAUACAAUAAGGGGGGUAUAUUCAUGAAACGGUGAUAAGAGUGGAGAAGUGAGCCAGUGGAGAACUAGCCCAUGGCAACCAAUCAGCUUUGAAGUAACAUUUAUAAUUUGCAUACUGUACAAUUGUACAGAGCAGCUGAUUGGUUGCCAUGGGCAACUUCUCCACAGGCUCGCUUCUCCCCACUUUUCACUGCUUCAUGAAUAGACCGCUUGUCACUUUCCCAAGGAUGCCACCUUCAGGGCUAUAUCUUAGCUGUAUGAUCAGCACACAACCCCCCCAAAAACAGGUGAAUAAGGGAUUCUUACAGUUAGGAAGCCUGGUGAGAAAUGUUGUGUAAAAGUAGCGAUCACUUUAAUUUGCCGUCAGCCGCUACAAUACUGCACAUGUGGUGCAUGUGCCAGGUGUCCCUCUCCUGGUACUUACAGCCAUCUGUAGCCUAUAGGCUACAACAGCUAUGCCAUCUUCAGUUCGCAUUAACUAUCGGGGGUCAAGUCUGGGAAAUUUGGCAAGAAGCUGCAGAUCUCUCCAGUAACCGCUGCAGCCCCCUGUGGAUACAUUUGGGAGAUACUUAUUAUUGCAGGAAUUCCCUUCAAAGUUGGGUGUGGUAUGGUCAACAUGCAUUAAGUCGACAAGGGUAAAAGGUGGACAGUGGGUAAUAGCGACAGGUAUAAAAGGUAGACAGUGAAUAGGUUAACAUGACAACGGUAGACAAAAAAAAAAGUUGACCCAAGUUUUUUGGGUGACCGUUUGGACGUUCAACCAUAUCUAAGCACAUUCGGUGGAAACAUGUACCCUUGCUGGCUUGCUUUGGGCGAGGGGGCUCGCCCCACUACCACUGCGCUCGCCACAGGUUACUAUUUCCAAUCGCAGUCCGUGUGGAUAGUAAACAAAGCAAAAGUUUGAAGGACAUGAAUUCCCCCCAAAAAACGUGUAUUGACCAUUUGUGUGUCGAGCUUUGUCAUGUCGACCUUUUGACCAUGGUGACAUUUUGUACCUGUCGACCUUUAACCUUUUGACCAUGUUGACCUUUUGUACCGGUCGAUCUAAGGCAUGUCGACCAUAUGGAGUCGACAUACACACUGUCAACCUAUACAUUGGAACCCCUAAAAUGGGUGUUUAGGGGGAUAGCCAGCAAACAAUAAUUGAUAAAUAGGCCCUUAAGUAUGAAAUGAACAAAAGACACUAUUACAUAUCAAUAUACAAUACAGUCAGCAUUUCUGUAUAUGCAGGCCAGUGCGUUAAUACACCAUAUACAAAAAGCAGCUUGUGACCUACUCUCAAUGGUAAGCCCUGUAGUAAAUACUAAGGAGAAGUUACCUAUAGCAAGCUGACAUAAGGCACACUUCUUGUCUGUAGGCCAAAAGUCAUAAAUGAAUACCACAGCGGGCCACGCAUUUCGUUAUUUGAAAGGCCUGGAAAUGGACAAUUAUCAGGUGGCUCUGGUUUGAAAUGCCACCCAUUAUUCUGCCACUGCAGCGCUGUGGCCUGACGGCUACACUGUUCCUCAUUCACGUCUAUGUUAAUAGAUUAUGGGCUCUAUCUUUGAGAGAAAGGCCCUAAAUCUGUCAAAAACAGGUGUUCUUGCUAGAGAUAGAGCCUCUCCCUAUAUGAGGACUCCCUCAGAGCAUUCGCCUUCCGUAGGUCUCCUCACGGGAGCAGAAGUAUUGGCUUAUCGAGACACUAAUUACUGCACCAGUAGGCCUGUGAGGAGAUCCAUACACGAUUGCGUCCAGAUAAGUCUCUCGCUUAUGUUGUUGCCUAUGAGCAUUUUCGUGCAGAACCUUUGUGAUGCUACACGACUGUGGGAAAUGACUCCUUUUAUGAUGCUGCUAAUGCAGCCUAGCUUACUAGGUUACAGCCUAGUAUUAUCACACACUUAGAGAGGAUGUGAGAAAUAUCUUUAUAGACUGAUUUACAAUAAAAUCGUUGUACAAGAGAAAGAGCUGAAGGAUUAUUUGCUUUUAGUUGUCAAACUCUUCUAGACCAGUAUUUCCCAACUACAGUCAUCAGGUACCUCAUCAGUGCAUGUUUUCCAGAUCUCCUUGUUGGUGCACAGGUGUAUUCAUUACUGGCUAACACAUUUCCACAUUUUCACUUGUGACUUGUAAAACAUUGUUAGGUGUCCUGGAGGACUGGAGUUGGGAAACACUGGUCCAGACAACUAAAGAAUAGGAUUUCUUGAUGAGAUGGGUAAUACCAUUGUUUUUUUUUUUUUUUUUUUUGUGCACUAUUUUUCCUAAAGUACCAGCAAAUGGGCAACGUUUUAAAAACAACAUUUGCCCUGUAAUAUAGUCAGCAUUACUGUUUAUCUGAACUAAGAAAGAGGGAAGCAAAGCAGAGUACAGUGGUUUCCAAACUCGGUCCUCAAGGCACCCUAACAAUCCAGGUUUUAAGGAUAUCCAUGUUUGACCACAGAUGGUUGACUGUUUUUUACUUAUUAAGCAUGUUUUGAGGAGCAGGUUUAGGAUCAACAGGUUAGUGUAGGAAAUUUAAUGUCUAUUUGAAUUGUUAAUGUUUGUUUUAAAAUGUUCCAUGUUUUCUAUCUGUAUUGUAUUUUAUUGUCAUUAAUAAAUAUGCAUCAAAUUGCAA